GAGUAGUUCAGAUUGGAGUAGUUCAGAUUGGAGUAGUUCAGAUUGGAGUAGUUGGACUGGAAGUGAUGUUAUAGUAGGAAUUGGACAGUUUCCAAGAGAAGCCGACCGCUUGAUGUCACAUGUUAUCUCAGCCAAGCUGGCCAGUGAGUGAAGUGAACCAAGUGAAGUACACCACUUGAUCUCACAUGGAAUCACGUGAAUUGUGGGGCGCGGUGGGACACGAGAGCAAUCAUGCAGCAACGUUUGGUGGUCUGUGCUUAGACACACGACACGUGCAGUUUUAUUCCUCACCUCACUCACUUCUUCACUUGUUCCGGCCAUGUGACAUCGCAAGUUCAUUUGCUCUCGCUCACUCACUUGUUCACUUCCUCACUUGUUCACUUCCUCACUUCUUCACUUCUUCACUUCUUCACUUCCUCACUUCCUCACUUCCUCACUUCUUCACUUCCUCACUUCUUCACUUCUUUCGGGCAUGUGAUCGCACGCCUAUCUUCUUGCUCCCACUUCUUCCCUCCUCUUUGUUUCGUUCUUCCUCAAACAACAUUAACACCUCACCCAAGCAAGACACAAUGAACCCUCUUCCAAUCCAACACCCCUUCGGUGCGCCGCCUACGGACGCGGCGAAACGCGCUUUCAGAUCGGCCAUGAUUGACAAGCUGUGCGAGUACGUCGGGACGGAUGAGUUUGUGCAGGACGUCGAGGCAAAGGUUGCUUCACGACAAAGUGAGUAUCUGACGACAGAUUUGAGAUAUGAAUGCUAACCUUUGACGUCGCAGUCGGCAUCAACAUCGAAGCGAGAGUGAGGGCUAUCUUUCGGCGGGCUGAGGAUCCAAACGUGGCCGACAACGCUGAAGUGGCCGCCAAACUGGUCCACGAGCUUACCGCGGACCCCAACCAACUCUUCCCCAACCUCGCCGCCAAGAUCAAAGAGGCGGGGUCGACAACCAAGGUGGUGGAGUGCAUGGAGAACUUCAAAGUCGCCCACACGUACACGUACCCGACCAAAGUCCUCGACGAGAUCUUGAAUGCACGCUUCCAGCUACGCAAGCUUCCGUUCGAAUUCUCCACUGCAGAGUCCGACACGGAAGGGUCCGACACCGAACAGUCCGAGACCAAGGGGUCCGAGAC